AUGCCAAGACCUAAUUUCACAGUUGUGGCAGAGUUUACCUUUGAAGGCUUUUCCAUUUUUGGUUGGCAGCACAGACUCACCUUCUUUGUGGUCUUUUUGGUCUUGUACCUGUUGACCCUUGCCAGCAAUGCUAUCAUCUUGACAGUCAUCCGCCUCAACCAUCAGCUUCACACACCGACGUACUUCUUCCUGAGCAUGCUGUCCAUUUCUGAGACCUGUUAUACAGUGGCCAUCAUCCCCCGAAUGCUGUCCAGUCUUCUCAGACCCCAACAAGCCAACUCCGUUCCAGACUGUGCCACCCAGCGCUUCUUCUAUCUCACUUUCGGUGUCAACAACUGCUUCCUGCUCACGGCCGUGGGGUAUGACCACUACAUGGCCAUCUGCAACCCCCUAUGGUAUGCAGUCAUCAUGGGCAAGAAGACUUGUAUACAAUUGGCAAGUGGAUCUUGGAGCACUGACCCAAGCACAGCCAUCAUUCAAAUGUCUUCGGUGUUCAGCCUGCCCUUCUGCGAUCCCCAAAUCAUCUCCCACUUCUUUUGUGACAUCCGACCGCUAAUGACGCUUGCCUGUACCAAUACUGCUGUCAAAGAAUUUAUCACUCUGCUCAUCAGUCUGUGUGUCCUUGUUCUGCCCAUGGUCUUGAUCUUUAUCUCCUAUGUCCUGAUUGUCACCACCAUCCUCAAGAUGGCAUCUGCCGAGGGCCGGAAAAAGGCCUUUGCCACUUGUGCCUCACACCUCACAGUGGUCAUUGUCCACUAUGGCUGUACCUCCUUCAUCUACCUAAAACCCAAAUCCCAAAAUUCCCUGCAGGACAGACUUACCUCUGUAACCUAUGCUGUCAUCACCCCCCUCCUAAACCCUGUUGUAUACAGCCUCAGGAACAAAGAGGUCAAGGAUGCCCUGCUCAGAGCUUUGGGCAGAAAGCCCCUCUCUUAG